CGGCGGCUGCCCAGAAGUGGGGCUGGAGCCGAGGGCGGCCCCCAAAAGAUGCGGCGCGGCCGGCCAGCGCGCCUGUGAGCCGGCGCCGGCUCGGGCUCCAUGUAGGCGCGCCUGGCGGGGCGCAGCCGUCGCUGGGGCCGCCGUCGGGGCGGCCAAGAUGAGCGAGCGGCGGCGCUCGGCCGUGGCGCUGAGCUCGCGGGCCCACGCCUUCUCCGUCGAGGCGCUCAUCGGGUCCGGCAAGAAGCGCAAACUCCGCGCCUGGGAGCCCAAAGGCCUCGAGCUGGCCAUGGACGGCCUCGGCCCCGACGACGCCCACCCCCAGCGCCCGGACGACGCUGCCGCCGCCGCGCCGGGCCUGGAGCUCCACGCCGCCGACUCGGAGCAGAGCACGGGGUCGGACACCGAAGUGUUGGCCGAGAGGACAUCUUGCUCGUUUGGGUCUCACCCUGACCUCCCGUCCAGCGACUCUCUCGCGCAGCCUCCUCCCACCUCGUCCAUGGAGGAGAUCCAGGUGGAGCUGCAGUGUGCGGAUCUUUGGAAAAGGUUCCACGAUAUCGGCACGGAAAUGAUCAUCACAAAAGCAGGCAGGAGAAUGUUUCCUGCGAUGAGAGUGAAGAUUACAGGGUUGGACCCUCACCAGCAGUAUUACAUUGCCAUGGACAUCGUUCCUGUAGAUAACAAGAGAUACAGGUAUGUGUACCACAGCUCCAAGUGGAUGGUGGCAGGCAAUGCGGACUCCCCUGUGCCCCCCAGGGUUUACAUCCACCCCGACUCGUUGGCGUCUGGAGAUACCUGGAUGAGGCAGGUUGUCAGCUUUGAUAAACUCAAACUGACCAACAACGAGCUGGAUGACCAAGGCCAUAUAAUCCUGCACUCGAUGCACAAGUAUCAACCACGCAUCCACGUGAUCCGCAAGGAUUUCAGCAGUGAGCUGUCCCCCACAAAGCCUGUCCCUGCCGGGGAUGGGGUGAAAACCUUCAACUUCCCGGAGACAGUCUUCACCACGGUCACGGCUUAUCAGAACCAGCAGAUCACCAGAUUAAAAAUUGACCGGAAUCCAUUUGCAAAAGGGUUCAGGGAUUCUGGAAGGAACAGAACUGGCCUGGAGGCCAUUAUGGAAACAUAUGCGUUCUGGAGGCCCCCCGUGCGCACCCUCACCUUUGAAGAUUUCACCACCAUGCAGAAACAACAAGGCGGCAGCACGGGCACGUCCCCAACAACCUCCAGCACUGGGACCCCCUCGCCCUCUGCAUCUUCUCACCUUCUCUCUCCAUCGUGUUCACCCCCAGCCUUUCACCUGGCCCCCAACACUUUCAACGUCGGCUGCCGGGAGAGUCAGCUGUGUAACCUGAAUAUCUCCGAUUAUCCUCCGUGCGCCAGAAGCAACAUGGCGGCCCUGCAGAGCUACCCGGGGCUGAGCGAGAGUGGAUACAACCGGCUCCAGAGCGGCACGGCCUCUGCCACUCAGCCUUCUGAAAACUUCCUGCCUCAGCGGACUCCAUCCUUGAUCUCAGGAAUGCCUGCUCCUUCCUCCCUGCCAAGCAACGGCAAGAUGGACGCCUACGGUGGCCAACUGGGGUCAUUCCCAGCUUCUCAGUUCCAGUAUGUCAUGCAAGCUGGCAACUCUGCCUCCACCUCUUCAUCUUCCCACAUGUUUAGCGGCGGCCACAUGCAGCAGAGCUCCUACAAUGCCUUUUCCCUGCACAAUCCUUACAACUUAUACGGAUACAACUUUCCUGCUUCUCCAAGGUUGGCGGGAAGCCCCGAGAAACUGCCCACCACCCAAAGCACUUUACUCUGCUCUUCACCUUCCAAUGGGACUUUUGGAGAGAGGCAGUAUCUUUCAGCAGGGAUGGAUCAUGGGAUGCACGUGAUCAACAGUCCUCCAGGCAACAGCCAACCAACAGCCAAUGCCUGCGACAACAGACAGUACGGGGCGGUACCGGGGUCUUCUUCACAAAUGCCGGUGCACAUGGUUUAACCAGUGCUCGGAGUCAUCCCCAGAGGAGCGACAACCUCGUUGCUUGUCAUGGCAACGUCGUCCCCGUUGCUUCUGCAACUUAAAAUAGGACUAGUCUUGGAGCGAUGCAUGGAAAUGCAAGCCAUCUACAGCUGCACCCCAAAGAACCAGACCGAGAGCUGCAGGCACAGCAGCCGUUGCGACCUUGCAUGGCUCGUUGGCGACUGUCCCAGCGGAUUCUUUUUUUUAACCGAGAAAAUGGCAAUCAUUGGCAAUAAACAGGGGAGGAGCCCCCUAUAUAAUAUAUGCAAUAAUCAUCUGAGCAUGGUGUGAACUAUUCACAGUAGAGGAAGUGCAGUGUGUGUGCGGUUCCUUCUGUGUUUCCGGGAUGCGAGCAGGCCCUGAAAACCUCGGCUUGCGAAGCUGCACAGCCUUUGAGAGGCCGUUGUGUCGUCACUGUUGGUUCCAUCUCGUUGUCAUCUGCAAUAACUCAUUUGAAUCUUGUGGCCUUCUCUUGCCCUCUGUAGCAACAGAACAUUAUAUCUGAACUGAAAUGUCUAUUCCCGGGGUGGAUUUUUACCUUUGGGAAAGUGCUAGUUGCUCUUUCCCAUGAGAACAAUAAUUGGGGGAGGGGGGGAUGAAAUUAUAUAUGAACGAGAGAAAGAAAGGGGGGAAUAACCGGACAAAAGUUUCUUUCACCUUGACAUGUGAGAUGCUUGUUUAAACAUACUUUGCUAUGAAGAGAUUCAUAAGAUGCUCAGUUGUAUGCCCAGUGCCUUAAAGCUGUUGGUAGCCAAAGUAACAUUAACAAGGCAACAAGCCAGCUGUUAACUUCCAGAAUAUAUACACCCCCCCAGGAGUCAAAUGUAAGGGCAAGAAGCUGCCGAAUUUAGCUCAUGUUAAAUGGAGAGCAAACAAUAAAUGUGGGGAAAAUGCUUGGCCUAUGGCCAACCAUCUUGCAAUACAUGAGAAAAUGGCCGCCAUUAACCUUAAGAGCUGACAUUCUGCGCAUCUCAGCCUGCCAACUGAGCUCAGACAUCGCUGCCUUAAAAACAAACUUUCCUUUCUGAUUUAUGUUUCCUUCAACUCUUCUAAAAGUAAGCAGGCAAGUGACGCUUCUUACAAGCUAAGCUAGUAAAAGCUGUGUGAAACUUGCAAGUGGCAACUUAAGGAAUACAGAAACUACAGUAUAGAGAUUUGCUUGAGGUGUUGUAGAUAAUGUAUUUAUGUUUCUAGUGUGGGGGGGAGGGGAACUCAAUAUUAUGAAUAUUAAAGAAGGCAAUAAAUGGGUAUGUAAAAUAUAUAUUAAGAAAGAAAAUGUAUAAAGAUUUGCCCUACGCAGGGAACUCUGUUUCCAGGUGCCAAGCACAGAACUGAUGCAAAAUAAACCUUUGUCCUUUU